GAUGGACUUCCGGGUUAUAAUGGCGGCGUCCCUGGCCGUGGCAGGAAGAUGCCGCUUGUGGUGUUGUGCGGGCUGCCGGGCAGCGGGAAGAGCCGCCGGGCCGAGGAGCUGCGGGGGGCGCUGAGCGGGGAGGAGCGGCCGGUGCACGUGGUGGCGGAGGCGGUGGGGGGCCGCGCGGCGUUGCGCGCCGAGGUGGAGCGGCGGCUGAGCCGGCGGGACGUGGUGAUCGUCGACGCGGGGAACGAGCUGAAGAGCUUCCGCUACGAGCUCUACUGCGUGACCAAGCAUGCGGGCACGCCGCAUUGCCUGCUGCACUGCGCGGGGGGCGCCCCGCACCCGUCCGCGGGCCCCUUCGAGACCCCGGACUCGCGGAACCGCUGGGACCGGCCCCUCUUCACCGUGCACGGGCAGGAGCCGCUGCCGCUGGCGGAGAUCCGCGCCGCCCUCUUCGAGAGCAGGCCGCCCCCGCCCAACCAGUCCACCCGCUCGCAGCCCCUGCAGUCCGCCGGCUUCCUCCACCAGCUGGACCGGGUCACCCAGGAAGUGCUGGCUGCCGUGCUGGCUGCCCAGAGGAGCGGGGCCCAGCCUGGGGAGUUGAUCCAGGUGUCUGGGGCCAGCGAAGGGCUGGUGCUGAACCGGCCCCUGGGCAUGGCUGAACUGAGUCGGCUCCGUAGGCAGUUCAUCAGCUACACCAAAAUGCACCCCAAUGAGGAGAACCUCCCCCAGCUGGCCAACAUGUUCCUGCAAUACUUGAGCCGCAGCAUCCAGUGACCCCUGUAGUCUCUCCAGUCCAGUGUCUGCACAGGACGGCUGGCUAAUGGGGUCCAGUCACUGAGAGCCUCUACACACCCCAAAAUAAGAGUCUCUGCCAAUAGGAAGUUGACUUUUCCUAGUCAUUGUUCUCCAGUGCCUGGACCAGGAAUCUGUGCUGAUAGACAGGAAGAGGGACCUGCAUUACCCAUCAUCAGAGUAAGAGUAUCCAGCCAGAGUGAGUGUGGGGAACCAGCUGUGGUAGUCCAUGAUAUCUGCUAACAGGAGUUGUGGGUGUGCACUCACACCACUUCCCCCCAGUAGCAGCCUGAACAUCUGAGUAAAUGCCUGACAAAGGCAGCUAGCCAUCAGGUCCUCAGGCAUCCAAAAAGUCUACUAAUGGGGGCUAUGGAGAGCCAAACCCCACUAACUAUAUGGUCUCUGCAGUGUCCAAAGAAGAAUGCUACAGGGGAGCCGAGUUCAUGCUGCUGCAACAUCUUGCGAAAGAACAAUCUUUCGUCUGAGUUUUUUCUAAAUAAGGCAAGCAUAAGAUGUAUACAUCAAACUGUACAAAGGAGGCCUUGCUGCUCUAGGAUUGGGACUUACAGCCUUUUUAAAAACUGCCGGUGUUUUCAAAAGUUUGUCUGAACCCAGGAAAUGAAUCUUCAAAAUUUGGACGGUGGAAACAUGCUUACUUAGUAUACUCAAAUGUCUGUUUCUUUUUUUGAAAUCCUGUGCCUGGGAUGGAAUUAAGUAUUUAAUUUACUUUCAAAACAAUUAUUUCAGCAACUUUCUGUGGCUUCUUUUCCAAAGUCAUUAGUAGAUCCUGGGCUAAAUACACUAAUUGUUCAGUUAACAGUAGGUGCUCUCACAAUGAGGAUGAUCUGAAUUGUACUUCGUUAUUACGAUAUCUGCUCUGAUUGCGUACAGCCCUUGGAACUCUUUUUAUGUGCCUUAACUAAGAAAUUAUAUGGCAAAGUUAGUGUAUGGCAAGUGGGGUGUAAAUCUACAUUCUGUACCAUGCUUCCCAGUAACUGCAUGCACCUCCUAUUGUGCACUAAAAUUUCCCUAGUGCUCUGUGAACAGUAGUAGGUCAAAGCACACUAGGUAAUUUUUAGUGAGCAGCAGCAUGGGCCACACAGUUAGUGAAUGAUAUACUAGAGUGCUGUAGAUUUACACCCUAGCUUGCCAUGCACUAAUUCCUGUUUAUAGACAUCCCUGCUUCCUACCUCAGCUUUGGAUCCUGUCCUUCUAUUUAACUGUAAUCUUAGUAUGAACCCUCUCCCUGCAUAUGCAUACCUACUUCUCUUUGCCUUUUGAGGAAGGCCUCCCUCCCUAUUAAACAUUCAUUUCUUUGUCUGGAAUGAUGGGAUAAAGUGGAGGGGUCACUUCAGUGAGUACAAAAGUCCAUACACUCUGACUGCCUAAUAAUAUCUACCAGUCAGUACAUGGAUUUGUAUAUUGUGAGACUGAAAAAUGACUAUAGCUGCUAUGUAAAGAGACCCCACUUUGCCCCCUUUGGGAAGUUAAAUGGAAAAGAAUAAAAGCUGGGAAAUGUGUGGUCAAAAGCGGUAAAACAUUUCUGAGACCUGAUUUGCAGACAAUUGUAUUUUAGUAAUGAUAAACCCUUCAGUUUAAAAUCUGUCCAGAUAAUCUUGCCCUUGAUAGUAGCGUGUGGUACUAGGCCAGCUGCUGGCUAGCUGGACUGUGUUCCCUUAUUAAAUGGGAAUCACUGGUACUGUUAUAACUUCAGUAUAUCUUUUGGAUAAAUCUAUCGCCUUACUGCUGAAGAAAAUUAAAGAGCAAAAUCAUGCUGAGCUACAUGAAAGAAAUCUGUGGAGGUGUAACAUUCUGUUUUCUCAACAUCCCUUAGUAUGUUUGUUCUAAUAUUAUUUUGGGUAGGAAAAUAUGUGCCCAUGUUCUGUGUAUGCUACAGAGAAGCAGCGUCUAUGCUGAUAAUAUAUCUCUGUGGUUAAAAUUGGAAUUGACCAUACAUGCUUCUCUUAGCACAAUUUCCUCCCUUUCUUGGUACUCAGGACUACAAUUGGUUAUAACUGGAAGGACACUUCCAUUCAUACCUCUCAUUCUUUUCUGUAAAUUUAGGUAAUUCAAUGCCAUCAUCCACUGCAAGAUUGAACAAUAUAAUGUAAGGAACAAUCUAGUUUCAAUUGAAUCAAGCAUUAACUCUACCACCACUGCCCUCAGAAGACUUUUACAGUUUAAUAAGCUUAAUUGGCAAAAAUCCCAUGCCACACUCCUCUAAAAUCCUGGCUCCUUGCCUGCAUCUAUUGUGUGCUUUCUCUGGUGCCAGAUUGCCUUCUGUGUUCUCCAUGUAUCAGCUGUCCCUGCAAAGAUACUGCCACUUUUUACAUGAGGGUAUUUCUUGGCCCAUAUCCCUCUGGCUGCAGCAGCCUCUGGCUCUGUGAAGGGGUUUGGAAUCUAUCUUACUAAAGGUGUGUGGCCAUUGUGAUGUGGCUUUAAAAAUCCUCCUGUUACAUUUUUCCUUUUACAUGCCACUCUCUUGUUAGAAAAAGACUAUAAGUUGCAAAGAGAGACUGUCAAGUCAAAAAAAAAUCUUAGAGGUGUGAGGUGGGAAAAAAAUCUUAAUGUAUCACCUCUUUGCUUAUGCAGACUUGUUUUCUGCAGAACGGUUUGUCCUGUCUUCAAGUAUCGCAACUACUGGUUUGCACUACUUCCUUUUAAGAGAUUAUUUCCACAGCUUAAUGUAUCUAACUGAUGGAGUUUUUUCCCCCCUGAUAUUCAGAUACAUUUUCCUUUUCUUCAUCAUAUUAUUCCUAGUUAUAAUCUCAUACUUUCUUGCUUAGUUUUUCUUGUAUGCAAACAAGUUCUAUCUAACCCUAUACAGCUGAUUGACUUGCAUGACUUUUUUUUUUUUUUUUUUAACAGUUUUUAUAAUAUUCCCCUGCAGUGUUAACAGGCCAAAGGUUAUAGCACGGCUGCACAACAUAUGGCCUGCGGGGGGAUUCCAAAUCCCCCGCACACGAGAAACACCGUGCCUGCGGGCAGCCCAGAGCCCUUUAAAUCCCAGCUGCGGCCAGGAUUGAAAGGGCUCUGAGCUGCCCACAGCCAGAGUGAGCCCAGAGCCCUUUAAAUCCCAGCAGCUGUUUUCUUUGGAGUAGUGUGGCCCUCACCACUUUACGAAUUGUGCAGGCCUGGGUUAUAGCAUUGUGCUGUUUGCAUGAAAACCUGAAAGUGAUUAUAAAUAAAAGUGAAACUCACUAUACAUACGAAAGUAUAUCAUCCAAAUGGAGAUACCUACAGCAAGUGAACAACAUGAGUGAAAUCUUAGCCCUGACUGAAGUAAUGAGCAGUGAAGUCAUCUUUUGAAAUUCUUAUUUUUAAUGUAAGAUGUCAAAAAAUGCUAUGUAAAAUUUGUUUCAAAAAUUUGACUCCAUCUUAGUGACAUCCCUGUACAUUUUUUCCAUAAAAUUUUGUUUUCAAGAAAACAAAGGCGGUAUUUACUUUUAUUUUCACUAACCAGUGAACUUACCUCCAUCAAAGCUGUUUUGGACUACCAUGAUCCAUAUUUAAUUAAAAACUUCAUUCAGUGUAACUUCUUACUCUUUACCCAAUCACUAUCUGUGUAAAAUGACAGUUGUAGCGGCCCUUUUCUAUGUUCUUCACAGCAUGAUAUGAAAUAUAUGUAGCUAGAAAUCUAGUUACUACACCAGGCAUGUUCCCUCCCUCCCUAAGGCUAACACUUUCAGGUUCUGUCUGGAAUGGCUUCAUAUUUCUAUAUACAAAACACCUUCAAAAAAAAAACAACAACUUGGUGACUUAAAAUGGAAGUCAAGGCUUAGCUGAUAUACAAAUCUUGGGGGAAAUAUUGUUUGGCUUUGUAUUUUCAAAAAAACAACCCAAAUACCCCCCCACUCAGUUUAUUGAAACAAUCCAUUCCAAUCAAAUCACAUGUUGUUUAUCAAUUCUACCUGUAAGUCUGCUGUAUUCCGAUCAUGUGUUAAAAUGUAUUUCUGAAUUGGCAGUAUGUUAGACCAGGUCAAUUUCAUACUUCCCAAACUGAAGAAGAAAAAGACAUAAACCCUCAAAAGUCUA